AUGAUCACCCUCUACGACUCCCGCCUCACACACCUCCAAGCCGCCAACCCCACAACCUGGAAAGCGCGCUUCGUUCUCAACUACAAAAACCUUCCCUACAAAACCGAAUGGACACCCUACCAUGACAUCGCCUCCGUCUACCACAAACACAACCUACAACCCGUCUGCAGUCGUACAGACCCCUCGACUGGAAAAGAAGAACCUUACUACACCAUCCCCGUGAUUUUCGACGACUCCACAGGAAAGGCCAUAGCCGACUCUCUCGAGAUCGCAAAGUACCUCGACGAAACCUAUCCUGAUACACCCAAAGUGGUGCCAGAGACGGGCGAGGACGGGGUAGACGCAAAGCAGCAAGUGGACACGUUCAUGGGCGUGAUGUACGGCGCCCUCGGGCCUUUGGUCCUCCCAGUCUUCCAACAAUCGUACCAACACGUCGAGGAGGAGAGUAAACCCUUCUUUGCGGAAGCGCGGACGAAGGAUUUUGGUGCGUGGUUUGGGAACCCGAAGUCCCUCCUCGACCUACUCCCCCUGAAGAAAGAGGAUGAGGAUAAGGGGUGGGAGGCGGCUGAGAAGACGUUUGCUGGGCUUGAUGCGAGGGUUCCGGGGAGGGGAAAAGAAGUGGGCUGGUACUUGGGUGGUGAAAGCCCGACGUUCGUGGAUUUCGUGUUGGGUGGUUUCUUGAUUUAUUUGAAGAGUAUUUACGGAGAGGAGAGUGAGGGGUGGAAGAGGAUCGUUGGGUGGAAUGAGGGGAAGUGGGGUGCGUUUUUGGAUAAGUUGAGCGCGUAUCAGGCUGUUCAUUAG